UCAGACCGAGUCAGAAUGACAUACAGGAAGAAGCAGACUAGGUUAGUUGUCAAAUUAGCAAAGCUAGCCAGCUAAUGUAUUGGUGGGAGACUCGUGUCAGUGGUUUCCUGAUUAGAGAGCAAUUUUGUGUGUCAUCAUGGUGUUUCCACUGUAGAAAACACUCCAAACUAAACCCAGGGAGUUUAUCCUUGCCCGUUCCUCUUGCUCGAGCGCACAAACAAGAUAUUUUUCUACAAAAAGAAAUUGCACCACCUGCAACUGGACACAGACUUGUUCAGUGUCUUGGAUAACAUAACGGCUGAAUAGAGUCCAGAAGACACAUUUCCAUGGCCGCUGUGACGGUGUAGCUACAGUAGUGAAUGACUGCAUCUCUCCCCCGUGGGCACUAGGCGUGAAUGACCGACGUGGUCCCCCCCACUGCGCUCAGCGACGUCCAUCUCCGCCUGCUCUGCCACGAUGACAUAGACAGCGUCAAGGUGCUCUGUGGUGACUGGUUCCCAAUUGAGUACCCAGACUCAUGGUACGAUGACAUCACGUCCAACAAGAAGUUCUUCUCCCUGGCCGCCACCUUCAAAGGAGGCAUUGUGGGAAUGAUUGUCGCCGAAAUCAAGGGGAGGACAAAAGUACACAAAGAGGAUGGAGACAUCCUGGCCUCUAGUUUUCCUGUGGACACUCAGGUGGCUUACAUCCUCAGCCUGGGGGUCGUCAAGGAGUUCAGGAAACAUGGAAUAGGCUCCUUGCUGCUGGACAGUCUGAAGGAACACAUCUCCACCACGGCCCAGGAUCACUGCAAGGCCAUCUACCUCCACGUCCUCACCACCAACACAACAGCUAUACACUUCUACCACAACAGGGACUUCAGACAGCACCACUACCUGCCAUACUACUACUCCAUACGAGGGGUGCUGAAGGAUGGAUUCACCUACGUCCUCUACAUCAACGGGGGGCAUCCGCCCUGGACACUCCUUGACUACAUUCAGCACAUUGGUUCAGCCCUGGCCAGUCUGAGUCCAUGCUCCCUGCCCCAGAGGCUGUACCGCCAGGCCCAGUCCCUGCUCCGAGGCCUCCUUCCCUGGUCUGGCAUCACGUCCAAGUCCGGAAUACAGUACAGCAGGACCAUGUGACCUGCAGGGUGGCUGUAUAGUAUUUCCUCUCUGGAGUCUUCCCCUGGGAUCACCAGGACCCUCUGACCCCUCCUGAACCCGUCACCAACACUCUGAGCCCUGGACAGACUGAGACCCCCAGAAACACCCCCAGAAACACCCACCCUCCCCAGAAACACCCACCCUCCCCAGAUUCCAACCCACCACCGACUUGUUACCAAUCAAGGCCACCCGCCCUCGUAUCCACCCCGCCCUCGUAUCCACCCCGCCCUCGUAUCCACCCCGCCCUCGUAUCCACCCCGCCCUCGUAUCCACCCAGCUCACCAAUAAACCCUGCUCCACCCUCUUUUUCCCCCUCUGUCCUCCAGCUCUCACCCAGACUAUGUAUUAUAUCUGUACAUUGCAUAUACUCUAAUUAAUAUAUUAAUUAAUACACACAUAUUUUAGAUAUAUAGAUCGAUCCUGUGAGGAGUUGGUUUUCUCUCCACCCUGCAGUCAAAACCAGUAAGGAAGUGGACGGUGAAAACCGUUCAAACACCUUUUUUAUUUUGUUCCUUUAUUCGCCCAGAACAGUGGUCAGAAUUUAUUCAUCUAUUAUUCAUCUGUUCUUCGCCACUACUUCUGGUCUGGAAUGUUUUCAGAUUCAGUCGGGUUUGGGUCAACUCUGUUUCAACUACCACCAUUCAGGUGAAUCUAGUCCGUGUAGAAUGAUUGAUUUUUAUUUUAAUACAAUCACUAAAGACAAAUCCCGUGAUCGUGCACAUAAAUGUUUUCAGUGACAUCAAUGCAUGAUUUACCAGGAAGUCUGUCUUAAAGAUUCAGUCCAUGAUUUUAAGCACAACAUUGUAACAUAGUUUAAUUUUGAUAAAAUACUAUUUGCAAAUCAUUGUAUUUAAUUAUAUAUGAUGUUGCAAAUCAUAUUAUGUAGAAACUGGAUGACGUAAUGCAAAACUAGCUGAAAUUAUACAAAAUCUCCACAGUUCAAGUUAAAGCAUGCUGGAGUAUAAAGGACGAUAACAUUAGGAUUUCUACUAGAUUAUGUUUCAGUGCACUUUUGGGAUUUUUCAACAUAAUAUGGACUUUUUCUUUUUCUAAUUGUGGUUUUUCUAUUGUUUGGGCCGUUCAUGACUUCAUUUGAUCUGAAAUGGAAUUUGACCUGAUACCUUUCUGGCUGCCUGUUUCCUUCAUGCCUGUCUGUAAUUCUGCUGCUCGUGUAGACCUCCAGACUGUCUUGGGUUUUAACCCAGAUUUUUAACAUAGCUAAGAUUAGAUUUUUAUGUCAGCCUGUUUGUAAAAAGAUCUGACGGGAUUCUAUGGUAGAUGCCCUGAGUGUGUCAUGUAUCAUUUGUGUUCUGUGAAUGCUUGUGACUGAAGGUUUUCCCUGAAAGACUGAUCUUAGUCUGUUUUUGCUUUUCACCACAAGCCGAUCAACAGUAGUGUAUUAUAUAGGGAAUAGGGUGUCAUCCCUGGUCCAAACCAGUGCUGUAAACAUGUGGUCUUUCUAUAUAACAUGGUCUUUCCCAAAUAAAAAUAAAAAAACCUGGUAAAGAGAUUCUUGGAAGUAUGAGGGAAUCCCAGAAUUCUGGGUGGUUGGGAUUUUAAAAACAUUUUGUGUAAAUUAGUUUUUUUUAAAACAAUGGGACCACAAUGGUAACACUGAACAUAGUGUCAAUGACACCAGUAAAUCGACUGACCAGCCUGAAUUGAGAUUAUUUGUCCAUCAGUAGUGGAAUUAGAAGGACAUUUUAGUAGUGAAAAAGCAAUGUGCAAUGUAAAGAAGUGUGCAUUAAAAUUAUUCAUCAUCUGUCAGUGCGAAAACAUUAAGAUGUUUCUUUAACAAAGUGCUUAGUAAAGCAGGGCCUAUUAAUACACUGUUAGCUUACUGAACUAGUUGCCUCAUAAAGCCAAUAGUUGAAGAAAUGUUUCAAAUGAAAUCUCCACACAAUACUUUUUAAUUAGAUUAACAACAUUGUGUCCACUUUGCACAAUGCCUUAGUAUUACACAAAUGGGGACCCUAGAUCAUUAUAUGGGGACCCUGGAUCAUUAUAUGGGGGCCCUAGCCCAGAUGUUGAUGAAGCAGGAUGCAGGAAUGUCUUCUGGCUUCUACAAAUGUCACCCUUUUCCCUAUUUAGUGCACUUUUGCCAAGGGACCAGCGGGGGGCUCUGGUGGAGUUUUGCCCAGGGACCAGCAGGGGGCUCUGGUGGAGUUUUGCCCAGGGACCAGCGGCAUCUGGGGAGCUCUGGUGGGGUUUUGCCCAGGGACCCGCGUGGUCUGGGGGGCUCUGGUGGAGUUUUGCCCAGGGACCAGCGGGGGGCUCUGGAGGAGUUUUGCCCAGGGACCAGCGGCAUCUGGGGGGCUCUGGUGGGAUUUUGUCCAGGGACCAGCGGGGUCUGGGGGGCUCUGGUGGAGUUUUGCCCAGGGACCAGCGUGGUCUGGGGGGCUCUGGUGGAGUUUUGCCCAGGGACCAGCGGGGUCUGGGGGGCUCUGGUGGAGUUUUGCCCAGGGACCAGCGUGGUCUGGGGGGCUCUGGUGGAGUUUUGCCCAGGGACUAGUGUGGUCUGGGGGGCUCUGGUGGAGUUUUGCCCAGGGACCAGCGGGGGGCUCUGGUGGAGUUUGGUGUCCUAAAUCGGGACUGGGUUAACACGUUAGAGGCACAUGCUGUGGUUCAACUGGGUCUUGUGAUGUUGAACAAGGACUCUCACAUAGAAUAUAAUUUAAUCAAGGUGUUUUUAAUUGUGCUUCAUCCAAAGCACUGAUAUGAACAAAGGUCCGUUUUGUGUCGUAAGAGACUGCAGGGAAAUCCCAAACUGAACUCUAUUCCCUGUUUAGUGCACUAGCUUGGACUAAGUGGCUGUGGUUCAACAUGUGCACUGCACUGAGAAGAGGGAGCCAUUUGAGGCACUGUGCAUGUGGCUGUUGGUAAAUACAAGUUAUAUAAUGUCCUCCAGUGGCCGAAGGGAGGGUUUUUAACCCGGUGUUUGUGGUUGCAACUGGAGCUGGUGUUCUUGUUAGAAUUUCCUGUGGAUCUUUUUUGUAUGCCUUUUCUUGUAUUUUAUAUCGACAACACAGAACAAUGUACAUCUUUAUUUGGCUUUUUGAUGGAGCCCUUUCACCACACUAGUGUCUUUGUUUUUGUUUUUUCAAUAAGGAACAAUUGUUAUUUAAAAAAUGUAUUUUGCCAUAACUUCAAAUAACUAUAUUUCAAUUUUCAUGAGAUUUGUUAAUUCUCCAAUAUUCAAUUGCAGAAUAUUUUCUCUGCCAUAUUUGAUGUACCUUGUCAGUUUGGCUUUAUGACUGGUUGAUUAAUCAGAUGUGCUCUAAAACAGUUACAAUAUAUAGAACAGUUGGUGGUUUCCAGGACAACACUGGCCUCAACAUACAGUCCUCUUGACAUCUAAAUAACUACAGGUCUUAUGUGAACUCCUAUUCAAAAAAAGCCUUUGAUCUUUUGCAGCUAGAUUACAACUAAUGACACAGUGCGUCCAUUCAUUUUCAAAUGUUUUUUUGUUGUUACAGAAAUAAAUAACUUUUCUAUAAUGUGACUGUU